CGGAGUGUAAUUGUCAACGCGGGUAGAGAGAACAAGUUUCCCGUAGUUUUUCUUUCAGAGAGGAAGCGUGGACUGCAAAUCUUCUCCAAAGUCUUCCUCCAUGCCUCCAUGCCUCUCUUCUCUCUCUCUCCCGGCACUUUUUUCUCCCCCAAAGAGGGGUGAGAGAGACGUCUAUCAACAAUUCAACCUCCUGCCGUAGCCAACUUGCCGUGAGGAAAUAGCAGUCUCCGUCCCGCAGAGAAAGAGGAUUUUGAGUAUCCCCACAAAAUUCAGGCCAACUUUCCGUCAGCUUGCUGUUUUCCUACUUUCAGAGGAUGGCCUGAGGUUUGUUCAUCUCGAAGGAACCACCACCAUCGCGUGCGUCGCUGAAAAACCAUGGCCAGGCUCGUCAGAUGCCCCAAAUGCCAGAAGCUUCUCGUGGAGUAUCCCAACGUCUCUGUCUUCCAGUGCGGUGGGUGCGGCAUCACCCUCCGCACGAAGGAUCAUCAUGUUGCUUCAACAGAAGCGAAUUUGACUGCUGAACCUUCUCAAAUCAACCAACCUGAGAGUCAUUCAGACCGCGGUUUCUCAGAUUCUGAGUCAAUCUCAGGCCCUCUGACCUCCUCCAACAAAGAGCAGCAAGUUGACUCUGUGGAAGUUGUCGGCAGGGUUGAGGAUGAAUCUGUCAAGCUAACCGGAAGCUCCCUCGCAUACUACGAUGGCAACGUCUCUUCUUCAGAUGAGGCACGCAGUGUACGGACGUUGGGGAAAUCUCGAAGGACUGUGAGGGCUGCUUCGAACACUGAUCUGAAGCUGCAUUCUGGUUCUGUUCGGUCUACUUUGCCUGAUCGUGCGUCGUCAUCUAAAGGCUCGUCUUUUGACUCCGACGAGUUCCAUUCUGCGGCAGAGUUAUUGGCAUUGUCCAAAGGCUCAUUCAGCGGCGAGAUGAAUGAGAAAGUGGCGAUCUUGAGGGAGAUUGACCGAGUGAGAGAGCAACUUGCAAGGAUUUGUGUUCCUAGCGAAGGGAGACAGGGGCAGGCCACCAUCCACAGAUGGCAGAGGAAGCAAAUGCACCACUGUCGACCCGUCUCAGGGGCUGCUCCUUUUGUCAUUUGCGCCCACUGCAACAAGUUGCUCCAACUUCCGGCGGAGGAUUUCCUCGCGCCGAGGAGAAGAUCGUGCAAGUUAAAGUGCGCCGGCUGCGAUGCGGUUCUUGAUCUUGCAUUUCCCGCGAAAGUUCAGAGUUUUACAGAGGUUGAUCUUUUGCAUGAAGACGAUGAGAAUGACAAAGGAUAUGCGAAGAUGGAAUCGACUGGGAAAAGAGGAAGUAGCUCUGCGUAUCGUGGAGAUUUCAGACCUGGAAUUCCUCGCCCUCCGGUGAUGGAUGAACAAGUAUUAGCUGAAGAAGUGUGAAAAACUUUUCAUACAGCUGAUGGCAAAGUAAAUGGAUUAUUUGAUUAUUUGAGUUGAUUAUCAAUUGCAUUUGCCUCUUCUUCUUCAUCA